UUAAGGCAAAUCUUUUGCCCUGCCUCCUAUUUCUUUUGAAUAAAUUAAAUAAUAUAUUUUCCAAAAGAAAAAGAAGACAAUGGCUUAUAACAAUAGCCUUCUCCUCAUUGUGACACUCUCCUCUCUCCUCCUUUCAGGCCAUGCCUAUCGAUACACGGGGAAGUCAAUCUGGUUCACUAAUCCAGCCCCCGCCCCGGCCCCCGUCCCGGUCACGGUCACAUUUGAAACCACCAAUCCAGUUAACGGCCUCUUCAGCGGCUUGAACUUGAACCUCAAGCUAGACGCUAAAGGUGAUGAUACGAAAAUCAAGGCCCAGGUCGAUAAUUUCUGCAAUGGCGUGGAGAACCCUGGGUUGUGUGCCGAAACCAUUGUACCAUUGGUGAAGGGCCAAUUGGAUCCACUCAAGGUCCUUGACACUCAGAUGAGCGCCACUCUGAACCGCACCUUGGAGGUUGUGGCCGAGAUCGCCAAAUUACUGAAGAGCCAAAAGAAGCCAGUGGGUGGUCUGGACGUCUGCAAGGAGUGCUAUGACUCCGCAGUAGAUACCAUCAAUGAAUCUAUUGAGCUCGUGAAGCAGUACAACGUGGUUGAUGCUUACCACAGGUUCGGCAAUGUUAAUAGUUACAGCAGAACCUGCGAUGAUACUUUCGCUGAAUCUCCAGGAGCCAUCAACCCUAUUUGCAAAGAGGCUCUUAAUGCUGCUAGUCAAUUUAUUUCAAAGUCCUUGGUAAUCUUCGACGCCUCGAUCAAUAACCAGAACAAUUUCCUUUUUUAAUUAAUCUAAUCAAUAUUGGAGGUGGAGGAGGAGGAGGUGCACAUGGUAGCCAUAUAUAUGGCUGCUAAUUCUUUAUGGUGUAUCAUCGUUGUAAUUAAUUUGUGAGAUGUAAUCUUUUACCAACGAAAUACAACAAUAUAUAUUGAGGAAUUUUUAUUA